UAGAAAAAAAUUAUUGUUUGUUUAAUAGCAAAUAAACUAUUUUUUUUUUCAAAAAUGCAUUGAUAUUUUGUUAAAAUAAUUUAUUUAUAAAUUUUAAUUAAGUCUUAGGUAUUUUGCCUUUUGAGGGCCUUUUUAUGAGCUUUUAGGCAAUUUUUAAGUCCGGUCUCUAGUCAUUACACUUAAAAUUUAAGGCAACUUAUUUUAAGUUUGAGUAAGGAAUAAGUUACUUAUUCCUUACUCAAACUUAAAAUAAAACCUUAAGCUUUUAAGAAAAUAUUUAAUUUUAUUUUUUUUGUUUAUUUACUAUUUAUCUUCAUACACUAAAUAUUAUUUUUUUAUAUUUAGUUUAAUAAAACAAAUUUUAAAUAUUUUAUGAAAAAUAAUUCAUCAUUUUUGUCACGCAACUUAAAAGAUUUAUAAUAGAUUUUUUUAACCUUAAGGUUAUCAUUGCGUAUAAAUUAGGUACCUAUAUCGUAAUAUUAAGUAAUUUUUUGUUUUAUUUCUCAAAUAUAUUGGUUAAAUAUAAAAACGCAAUGCUGGUAAAAGUAGGAGUUGUGGGGUUAUUCGUUAUUUUUGGGUUAAGUGAUGCAAACUUAUUGCAAGGUAAUAGUCCUAGAGACCUACAGAUGGUUCACAUUGUUAUGAGGCAUGGUAUAAGAACCCCAGAGAAUACUUACCCCAAUGACCCUCAUAUAAAUAACACUUUAUAUCCAGUUGGGUGGGGUCAACUGACAAAUGCGGGAAAAUUAUUACAAUACGACACAGGCAAAUUCUUGCGGAAACGUUACAACGAUUUUUUGGGGGAAAAUUAUUGGCCCGAGCAGUAUUACUGCCAAUCCACAAAUGUCGACAGAACGAAAGCUAGCGUAGAGUUAACGAAUGCCGGUUUAUGGCCGCCAUCGAAAAUCCAACAAUGGGGCCCUCUAGAUUGGCAACCUAUACCGGUAACAAGCCUACCAUUGGAAGAAGAUAAUUUACUUCACUACAUGGUGCCCUGCGAGGAAUAUGAGAGGGAGUUGGAAAAAGUUGUUAAGUCGGAAGAAGUACAAAAAAUAUACAGGGAUAACGAAAAAUUGAUAAAAAAGUUGCAAGAUUUGACUGGGAAAGAUAUAAAAACCUUAGCUGAUGUACAAGAUGUUUAUUCGACUUUACAAUCAGAGAAAGCAUUUAAUUUAACACUACCUACCUGGGCUGACUAUUUUAUGUAUAAAAUGCAAUAUUUAUCUGACCUAAGUUUUUCCAUCACAUCUUACAACGAUAAAUUAAGGCGUUUAAAAGGAGGUCCACUUUUGAAAAAAAUUCUUAACGACUGGAAGGCCAAAAAGAACGGCACUAUUAAACCUAUGAAAAGAAAGGCUUUUUUAUACGGGGCCCACGAUUACACUAUAGCUUAUCUACUGGGUGCUUUAAAAAUAUUUGAUCCACAAACACCAGGUUAUGGGGUGGCAGUAUUAUUGGAAUUAUCAAAAAAUCAAGAAAAUGAAUUUGCGGUACAGGUAUUCUUUAGAAAUGACACGAGUUUACCCCCAUACGAACUCACUAUACCGGGGUGUACAAAAAUAUGCCCCCUGGAAAAAUUAGUUGAUUUAACAAAAAAUGUUAUACCGGGUGAUGUUAAGGCGGAGUGCAAAAGUGAGGAUAGAAAGUAUGUGACAAAUGAAGGUGGGGAAACAUUUAAAAAUGUAACCAAACAUAAUAUACAGGUCGAUGUUAAGACAGAAAGCAAAAGUGACAAAACGAACUAUUUUUUAUAAAAAAACACAAUAAAAUUAUUUUAAUACCUACUUAUAUGUUAUUAAAUAUAUUAAACGUAAUUGUUUUAUUACAUUAAAAUACAAUAGAUAAUUUUAAUACUAGUAUGGGAUAUUAUCCAAUUAUGCAUACAAAAGGUUUUGGUACGAAUUAAAUAAAAUUAAUCCUUGUUUUUUUUAUUUACAAUUCUGCUAGCAGAACAUAGCAUAUCUUAAGGUACUUUUCUCUUAACUUUAACCAUACAGAUGCUUGUCAAAAAGAAUAUAAACAUCAUGGUGGUAACACUGGGAGUUGUGGGGUUAUUUACCAUUUUGGGGUUAACUGUUGCAAAUUUAACGCAAGGUGAUGGCCCUAGAGAGCUACAGAUGGUUCACAUUGUUAUGAGGCAUGGUAUAAGAACCCCGGCUAGUACUUACCCCAAUGACCCCCAUAUUAAUGACACUUUAUAUCCCGUUGGAUGGGGUCAACUGACAAAUGCGGGAAAAUUAUUACAAUACGACACAGGCAAAUUCUUGCGGAAACGUUACAACGAUUUUUUGGGGGAAAAUUACUGGCCGGAGCAGUAUUACUGCCAAUCCACAGAUGUCGACAGAACGAAAGCUAGCGUGGAGUUAACUAAUGCCGGUUUAUGGCCGCCAUCGAAGAUCCAACAAUGGGGCCCUUUAGAUUGGCAACCUAUACCGGUAACAAGCCAGCCUUUGGACCAAGAUGAUUUACUUUUGGUUAGGGUGCCUUGUGCCCAGUAUCACCAAGAGUUAGAGAGAGUUACUAAGUCUGAACAUGUGCAAAAAAUAUACAGGGAUAACGAAAAAUUGAUGAAAGAAUUGCAAGAAUUGACUGGGAAACAAAUAAAAAGGUUUGAUGAUGUACAAGAUGUGUAUACGACUUUACAAGCAGAGAAAGCUUUUAAUUUAACACUGCCUAAAUGGACUAAGGACUAUUUCCCGGAAAAAAUGCAAUAUUUAUCCGACUUUAGUUACGUCAUUACAUCCUACAACGAUAAACUAAGGCGCCUGAAAGGGGGUCCGCUUUUGAAAAAAAUUCUUAACGACUGGAAAGCAAAAAUGGACGGCACUAUUGAACCCAAGGAAAUAAGGGCGUUUUUAUACGGGGGGCACGAUUACACCAUAGCUAAUCUACUGGGUGCUUUAAAAAUAUUUGAUCCGCAAACACCAGGUUAUGGGGUGGCAGUAUUGCUGGAAUUAUCGAAGAAUCAAGAAAAUGAGUUUGUGGUACAGGUAUUCUUUAGGAAUGAUACAAGUAUACCCCCAUACGAACUCACUAUACCGGGGUGUACAAAAGUAUGUCCCCUAGAAAAAUUAAUUGAAUUAACUAAAAAUGUUAUACCGAGUAAUUUUGAGGCUGAGUGCAAAAGUGACGAUCCAAACUACGUUCCACCUGAAGCUGGGGGACCAUAAUAUUUUUUUUGUUAAUUAAAUAAAAAUGCUUUUUUAAAUAAAAAAAAAUUUAUUAUCCAUAUGCUAUCAACUCAAAAUAUCACACUUAUAUUAAUACAAAUAAAUUAAAUUUAGCAAUAAUAUUCAGGGUGUUAACACUGACUGUAAUAUCUGUAUAAUGGUCUUUUUUAAAUAAAUGUUUAUAAAAUCAGUCAUUAAAAUUUUAGUUUAUUAUUAAAUUAUACAGGGCGUUGAGCCAAAAACUUAACAUUCGGUUGGCGUUUCCACCUGAAGCUGGGGGACCAUAAUAUUUUUUUUGUUAAUUAAAUAAAAAUGCUUUUUUAAAUAAAAAAAAUUUUAUUAUCCAUAUGCUAUCAACUCAAAAUAUCACACUUAUAUUAAUACAAAUAAAUUAAAUUUAGCAAUAAUAUUCAGGGUGUUAACACUGACUGUAAUAUCUGUAUAAUGGUCUUUUUUAAAUAAAUGUUUAUAAAAUCAGUCAUUAAAAUUUUAGUUUAUUAUUAAAUUAUACAGGGCGUUGAGCCAAAAACUUAACAUUCGGUUGGCGUUUCGUUGGGAAUACUCGGUAUAAACAAAAUAUGAGAUCUAGUCUUAAAAAAAUAGACUAUCGCGAAUGAUAGUAUCAUUGAAAUUGAACCAAUGGAAAUUGUUAAUUUUUCAUGGGCUGGGGAUGGUUUUAAAAACACCCUCAUACUAAUAUCGUCCCAUGUAGAUUCAGACCAUGUGCUGUAUUGGCCAGAGGACCAAUCAUAG